AUGGAAAGCCAUUUCUUGAGAGCAGCAGCUUUUGGUUUGGUUUUGGCUUUUGCGUUUGUGAUUGGAGGAAAUUAUGCACAAGAGUCAACCACACUUGUUCCGGCAAUCAUGACGUUUGGAGACUCUGCAGUUGAUGUGGGCAACAAUGACUACCUCCCUACCAUUUUCAAGGCUAAUUACCCUCCUUAUGGAAGGGACUUUGUGAGCCAUCAGCCUACUGGGAGGUUUUGCAAUGGCAAACUGGCAACUGACAUCACUGCCGACACUCUGGGGUUCACUACUUAUCCGCCGGCGUAUCUUAGCCCCCAAGCAUCAGGGAAAAACCUUCUGAUCGGAGCCAACUUCGCUUCAGCUGCAUCGGGUUACGAUGAAAAGGCAGCAACCUUAAACCAUGCAAUCCCAUUGUCCCAGCAGCUGCAAUAUUAUAAGGAAUACCAGACAAAGCUCGCCAAGGUAGCAGGCAGCAAGAAAGCGGCGUCGAUCAUCAAGGAUGCUCUCUAUUUACUGAGUGCCGGAAACAGUGACUUUCUUCAGAAUUACUAUGUCAACCCUUUUGUUAACAAAGUCUACACUCCUGACCAGUAUGGCUCCAUCCUUGUUGGUGUCUUCCAAGGCUUCGUUAAGGAUUUGUACCACCUGGGAGCCAGGAAGAUCGGUGUGACCUCACUCCCUCCAUUGGGUUGCCUUCCGGCUGCAAUCACCUUAUUUGGAAACCAUGAGCAAGGAUGUGUCGCUAGAAUCAACUCCGAUGCCCAAGGGUUUAACAAGAAGAUAAACUCCGCAGCGGGAAAUCUCCAAAAGCAACUUUCCGGUCUUAACAUCGUCAUCUUCGACAUUUACAAGCCGCUCUAUGAUGUCAUUAAAGCCCCAGCAAAUUACGGAUUCACUGAAGCGAGGAGAGGUUGCUGUGGAACGGGAAUUGUAGAGACAACAUCACUGCUGUGCAAUCCCAAGUCGAUUGGAACUUGUUCUAAUGCGACUCAAUACGUGUUUUGGGACAGCGUCCAUCCGUCUCAAGCCGCUAACCAAGUUCUUGCCGAUGCAUUGAUCACCCAAGGCAUCUCCCUCAUUGGAUAA